AUGUCGACGGCACUUCUGAGAUUCCCUUUUGCAUCACAGCUGCUUUUCGAGGCCAUUGUUGAGCUCAUUUCUGAUCGACACGCAGGAGUCGAGAUGAAUCCGACAGACUUGAGUUCAUCCACUGCCCUUCCCCUUAUGCUCUUGAACGGCAAUAUCAUCGACUCUGAUUACGCAGCCUUCCUCCAAGAACGGGAUCUCGACUACGUUGGCGAAAAUGGCUCAUCUGGGCCAGUAUCAGCAGCGGAUGAGCAGCCCCCCUCAAGCAUCAUCAACCACCGCGUCUGCCAAACGCAGUGGGAAGUGCUGCUAAUUUGGAGACUAGCCGCAAAACCAGAUUCCGCUCUUCAGUCUCCAGGAUAUGCGGUUCUUCCAGCACUUCCUGCUACGUGCACGCCGCACCAGCCCCUGGAUAAUGAGUCGGUCUGGACUCAUCAGGUCCCGUGUCUGUCUCAGAAUUACGAGUUUCUCAUGCACGCCAUCCUAGGCCUCGCGGCCUCCGACCUGAUGGACCAGGACCCGAGCCUAGUGACCUUCGCCAUGAUGCACCGCCUUAAGGCCAUCAAGGCCAUCAAGGCCAUCAAGAGGGCGCUGGCCGACGUCACCGAGGUCAACAACACGGUCGAGGAGGGCAACGCGCUGAUGGUGACGUGCUACGCGCUGACAUUCCAGGGCAUUGUGAUCGUCGCCACCCGUAUGUUGCGCGCAGACUGCAGCGGCGCCCGGUUCCUCUUCAGGAACAUUUUUGGCGACGCCCAGCUCGCCCUGUUGCGCCCGCUGAUGGAGGCCCUGCCGCUCAUCGACAGGGACUGGACGGAUCGGGCGGCGGCCGCAGUAGGCGCUAUGGAGCCGCUCUGCGGAGGGCAGGUCGAGAGCGAGUACCAUCGGCUGCUGUCUGAUGUAGUCGAGGCGCUUUAUAGCUUUUCUUUCUUGGCGGCUGGUCGGAUGCAGAUGCCGCACGUACACUUCCAGCGCCUCGUCGACCCGAACAACCAGGUGAGCCUGCUGCUCGGCUCGCAUUGGAUUGCGCUGCAGCAGAUCAUGGGCAUGAUCACCGAGGUCCAGCGCCACACCGGCGCGCAGGGGAACGGCGGAAAGACGGGAGUAUCAACUUGGGGAUCAUCCGAUGGCUUCGGUACAUCAACCGCCAGAUCGACGCGGACCAUCAGGUGUAUAAUCGGUGGCCGGUGUGGGUAG